AACAGCAACAAGCUAAAGAUCAUCUGUUCAAAGCUAGAUAAAUAAUAAUCUCUCUAUAACAUCUUUAAUAGUCCACAUCUAUGGGUUCUUGCGAAGGAAGAGUAGAGGUGAUGGUGAAGAGGAGAGAACUUGUGACAGCCGUGCUUCCUGUAACGGAGUCACGGCUGGCCUUGUCAAAUCUUGAUCUGAUAUUGCCUCCAUUAGAGGUCGGGAUCUUCCUCUGCUACGCGAACAGCGGGAAGAAUAAUGAGAUGAUGCUGAGCUCGGUGAGGAAGGGGCUGCGCCAGGUGUUGGUGCCCUUUAAUGCCCUCGCAGGAGAAGUUUUCCUGAAUGAUGAAGGAGAACCUGAGCUGCUUUGCAACAACCGUGGUGUGGAUUUUGUCGAAGCUUUCGCAGAUAUUAACCUUCGAGAGCUUGAUAUCUAUAAUCCUGAUGUUUCGAUUCGUGACAACUUUGUCCCCGUGAGGGAACAGGGUGUCUUGACUGUACAGGUGACUGAGAUGAAGUGCGGCGGGGUUGUGAUAGGGUGCAACUUUGAUCAUCGAGUAGCCGAUGCUCACUCAAUCAACAAAUUUCUACUCGCAUGGGCUGAUUUAUGUAGAUCCAACAAUAUCGGAAACAAUGAGACCGUGACGUUAUUCAAGCAUGAUCAGAAAGAUCACACCACGUUUUACCAGCACCCACUCGUGAAGCCUCGGCAGCCAAGCCACUAUGAUGCCGCUAUUAAUGACAUGUAUGUUCCUAUCAAAGAAGGUGCCGCAUGUAAUAUUUCGCCACCAUCAUUCGAGCUCAAGAGCCGAAUAUACCAUGUCGACGCCUUGGAGAUAGAGAUCCUCCAAGCUCUGGCCGGACCAAAAAGAAGCAAACUCGAGUCCUUCAGUGCCUUGCUGUGGAAGUUACUUGCGAAAUCGUCGAAAGACGAUGAAAAAAGAAGCAAGCUGGGGAUUGUAGUGAAUGGCCGAAAGUGCUUGAGCAACGAUUCGUCUAUUAGCAUGGAGAAUCACUUCGGAAACGUGUUGUCAAUUCCCUACAGUGACGCGAGUGUGGGUGAACUCAAGUCCUUGCCCCUCUUCGAAAUUGCGAAUGCAGUCCAUGCUUGCGUCGAAAGAGCCGCAAAUGAGGAGCAUUUCAGGGGACUCGUCGACUGGGUCGAGGAUCGCCGUCCCCAGAGAGCCAUGUCCAGGAUUUAUUCAUAUCUACCUAGCGAGUCCGAGGAGCCGGCUGUUGUCGUCUCCUCGGGCCAGCGGUUUCCGGUAACGCAAUUGGAUUUCGGAUGCGGAAUCCCCGAUUUCGCGUCCUAUUAUUUUCCUUGGGGCGGUUGUACCGGAUACGUUAUGCCCAUGCCCAGUGCAAAAAAUAACGGUGAUUGGAUUGUGUUCAUGCAUCUUGCCCAAAAACAUCUCGAUUUCGUCGAGAAAGAGGCACCGGAGAUCUUCAAACCAUUUGUUUUCUGAAUCAUAACCCAGCUACUUUGCGUGCGAAAUAAGUUAUGUGGCUAGAUUUUAUUUCAAGUUUCACUAUGUUUAUGUUGGGAUCCAUGAAUAAUCAAUGCAAUAAGAUCAAUAAAGUUCAGACGAAAUAAAAUGUUAUUAUAUAUAAAGUC